CGCUUCAGUAUCAUCGCAUCAGCUGAGUGUUUACGUCGUUGUAUAUCACGUCCGUUAAUAUUUCGACUGAUCAUUUUCUGCAUUUAUCUCUGCGAGUUGUGUUGUACGAUUUUCCUAUUUUCUUGUAAUAUCCAUUGACUAUAAUUCAAGAUGUCUAUAUUGCCGUUUUUAUUGGAUGAAUUGGCUCGGCCAACCAUGUAUGAUCAACAUUUUGGUCUUGGUUUACUAGAUGACGAUUUACUCCUAGCACCACGUCAAUAUGGUCCAACUCAUUGUCCAUUUUUGUUGAAGUCUUACCUAAGACCACAUCGCUUAAAUUCUGCUGCAGAGAGUGGAUUAUCUUGUAUCCAAAAUGACAAAAACAACUUCAAGGUGAACUUGGAUGUUCAACAGUUCAAGCCUGAAGAAGUCUCUGUAAAAGUUGCUGAUGGCUAUGUAGUGGUUGAAGGAAAACAUGAGGAACGUAGUGAUGAACACGGUUACAUUUCACGUCAGUUUACCAGGCGAUACAAGGUACCAGAUAACGUUGAUACAAAUUCUAUUAAGUCUACAUUAUCCUCAGAUGGUGUGUUGAGUAUUGGAGCUCCGAAAAAGGUACCUGAAAAAAGUGCUGGAGAAAGACCGAUUCAAAUUGUUCAAACUAACCAACCAAGUAUCAAACAGUCUUCGAACAAGGAUAAAGAAAACUGUGAGAGUAUGGAAGUCAAUCAGUAAAUCUUACGCAUAUUUUUUUUUUUCUUAAUAUAUUUUAAUGAUUUAAAAUUAAUUAUAUUAGUUAAUAAUUUAUAAUAUUAGAUUAAUUUUACUGUAUUUUCUAGAAUCCAAUAUUUUUUUGGUAUUGUAAAAAUACAUACUACAAUAGGAUUAUAUUUCCUCUAUUAUAAGCUAAUAAU